AAGAAGAGAGUUUGUUUUUUUGUCUAUUUUGAAAGUUUGUUUUCAUAACUGUUAUUAACGUGAAAUCAUGUUUAAAUUUGGGUUUUCCGCCGAUGCAAGUGAAUGCAAAGUCGCCGAAGAAUGCAAGGAAUCAGCUGAAGAUGAUGCAUGCAAGGGACAAAAGUGGCUGCCAAGUGAGAAGAUCAGCAUUGGGAAUAACGUAGUGGAUCCCGAGUUGCUGAAGGAGAACUGCACAUCGAUCAACAGUUUAGAAUUGGAAGACUGUUGCACCAUUCGCUACGUAUCCACAGUGAUCGUUUCAGAGCUUGUGCGGAAGAAGCAGAAUGAGGAGGAUUCCAUCUUCAAAGCAGAGCAGAAUAAUUCCGAUUUGAUUACAGCUGUAUACGAAGGUGGAUUGAAGAUUUGGGAGUGCACUUACGACGUGCUCGAUUAUAUCUACGACGGUGAGAAAUUGGAGUUCAAAGAUAGGAAAGUUUUGGAUUUGGGCUGCGGCGCCGGCAUCAUCGGUAUAUAUUCGUUAUUGAAUGGGGCCAGCAACGUGUGCUUGCAGGAUUACAACCCUGAAGUGAUCAAGUAUAUAACGAUACCGAAUGUGCUGUUGAAUGCUGGAAGCAAAGAGGAAGCGCAGGAGAGGUGCGAUUUUUAUUGCGGCGAUUGGGGAUCGUUCGCGAAUCUGCUUAAAGUGGAUGCGGAGGAGGAGAAAUUCGAUUACAUAUUCAGCUCGGAAACUAUUUACAAUUGCCAGAAUUACGAUAAACUGCUCUCGGUGUUUGAGCGGAUGCUGAAGAGGAAGACGGGCGUGCUAUAUUUGGCGGCGAAGACGUACUAUUUCGGCGUAGGCGGUGGCACCAGGCAGUUCGAGAAGGCCAUGGAUAAGGCCGGUUGUUUCAAGUACGAGACGUGUUGGAAGUGCCCGAACGGUGUCCAGCGAGAAAUAUUAAAGAUCUCUUUGAACUAA